AUGGGUACUUGCUGGAUGCAGGCUAUUGCAAGCCUUGGCUCAGCCCAUGUUGUGGCAUGUGGCGCAGUCGCGACCCAGGGCCGCGCAACAACCUGCCACCUGCUCGCGGUUUCAGGUUCCACCCUGACCAACCAAAGCGCGGUGCGGGUGAGCGAGCAGGCUGACUUCCUGAGUGCAACUUCCCUGGCUUCGCCAGAGAGGGUGGUGAUCUGCUUCUCGGACUGGCAGACGGUGAGCGCGGAAUGCAGGUCGCUGCAGGCCAGUGGUGACGAGCUGGUAGAGGCGGGCAACGUCACUGUGGACAGCGGGGUCACCCGGUACUUGAGCCUAAGCCCGGUCUCAAGCGACCGAGCGCUGCUGUGCCUCGAGCGCCAGGGGCCUCUGGGGGAACAAUGCAUGGACCGCCGGCUUCAGUGCGAAUACUGGGCGGCCGCCGGGGAGUGCACCAUCAAUCCCAAGUUCAUGGACAGCCUGUGCCCUCACUCCUGCGGUGUCUGCACCACGGUCGGCUUGAGCCAGGGUCGAUGCCACGUCUUGGGUGUGUCCGAGACCAGCAUUGAAGCAGGGCCCGAGGUGGUCGUGAACGAUGGCAUCACCUGGAACUUUGCGAUGGCCAGGGUAGAGAGUGACACGGCCAUUGUCUGCUUUUCUGACUCCACGCGCCGCGAUGCUGCCAGGUGCCGCACAGUUUGGGGUCUUCGCGAAUGGCUGCCCUUGCAGGCGCGUGCCUGCACCGAGAACGCCUCCGCCAGUUGUGUGCCAUAA